UCAAAACAAUAUGGCGGCAUGUGCUCAAGAAGAAAACAUCACAGAUACACACGAGCAAAACGUGAAACACAUGCUUUCUCGCAUUGCAAGCACUGAUGCUGUUGUAAAAAGUCAGCAGAGAGGCGAACCAGAAUUAGCUGUGGAUGAGAAAAUUGCUAUUUUACACGAGCUUUACGAUAAAAAACCAGCUUCUUUUCUUAUGCGAUUUGGAAGAUAUCUUUCCGAAAAAGACCUAGGAAAUUUCGAACAUUUAAGGGGAGAAUAUGAGAUAGAUUUUCGUCUUAAAGAAGUAAAAAAUAUCCUUGAUGGUAAGAAGAAGAAAACAGGGAUACGUAACAGACGAUAUGAAUGUUUACAGCGAUUAAUGAAAGACACGGAUUUCUUCAGCGAAGAGCAGAUGAGAAAAAGGUCCCCUCUUCUUUACGAACAAUAUAUAGGUCAGUAUCUUACUGCAGAGGAAAAACUUGACCGGGACAGAGCUGAAGUUGGAGACGAUCUGUGCCUGUCACAAAUGAUCAUGAAUAGACAAGAGAAGGAAAUGAACGAUUGGUAUCUCAAUUAUCAGAGAGAUCAGGAGGCUUGUCUAGAAGAAGAAGAGGAAGAAUCAGAUAUGGAGAGUGACAGCUCAAUCGAUAAAGUGGAACCUGGGAGUCCAAUCAAGGGAUGUCCUACUAAGGAAGAAAAACUUAUGCUCCAUGAAGAAUUUCUUAGUGCAAUGCAAGACAAAUUCAUGAGAGGUGAAGAAGAAGAGUUUGACUAUAGUUCAGUUGACGCAAAUGAUGAGUAUGAUGAUCUGACCAUACGAGGAAGAGAUGAAGAAGAACAGUACUUUGACAGUGAAGACAUGUAAGUGUCUCACCUUUUUAAAUCUAUCAGCUGUAUACUGAACAUGAAAACUUGACCCAUGAGUUACCCAUGGGAGGCAUGGUGGUCUAAUGAUCAGUGCACAGGAUCCUACAUCAAAAGGUUCAAGGCCUGAUGAUCAGUAUAGAGGAUUCCACAUCAAAAGGUUCAAGGCAUAAUGAUCAGUGCACAGGAUUCCACAUCAAAAGGUUCAAGGCUUAAUGAUCAGUGCACAGGAUUCCACAUCAAAAGGUUCCAGGAAUAAUGAUCAGUGCAUAGGAUUCCACAUCAAAAGGUUCAAGGCAUAAUGAUUAGUGCACAGGAUUCCACAUAAAAAGGUUCAAGGUUGGCAGUGUUGACGGCUAUUGAAUCUUUGGAGUCAGUGAAAGAGAAACUUAAUAGAAAAGCAGACACUACCAGAAUAUCUCUAUUAUUUUCAUGUGGAUUUAUUUGUUUCUUCCUGUUGAUUAUUUAUUAUGAAUUUAGAAUUCAUCACCCUUAAAUAACCAACCAUGAAGCAUGGACAAUUUUAAAAAAGCAGAAAUAAAUAAUCAUUGUACAUCUAGGAGCUGUCUCCGUCCCCUAUGUGACUUUAUCAUUUUAAAAUUUACUUAACAUAAAUGGCCACAUUACGUAUCAUGAUGACAAAAAAAAA